AUGAAAGUACAACACGCCGAGGAAGCGUUCGGCUCGUCGGCCGGACGCUACGGCGGCGGUGCGACCGACACGUCUGCGGCUAUCCGGGUGCCGUGCCGGAGACGCGAAGACGGCGGUGACGGCGGUACGUGUUGCGAUCGGUCCGCGGCGGCAAAAACCGCGGCCACCGCAACGAUCAACCGCAGUGACACGGCCACGACUGCCGCACGGUCGGCCGUAUCGACGAUGACUGUAAGAACUGUACGGCCGAACAGCGACGCGUCCGAAAACCUCGCCGCCGGUCAGGAUCGUGGCCGUAAGUGCAAUUUUAUUCACUCUUUUAUGUGCCAUAUAUAG